GGUGAUGGAGGGGCCGGUGGAGCCUCGACUGCUCUGCGCCUUCCUCCUGCCCCUCGCCCUCUCCUCCGCUGCCCAAGGAAUUGCUUGUAAGCCAGGAUGUCACCCUACAAAUGGAUUCUGUGCCAACCCCAGUGAGUGCAGAUGUCAGCCAGGAUGGAGGGGGCCUCUCUGCACCGAAUGCAUUCCCUUUCCAGGGUGUCUGCACGGCGGAUGUACCCUCCCCUGGCAGUGUGUCUGCCAAGAAGGCUGGGUUGGAAGUCUGUGUGACAUAGAUACUCACCCUUGCUCUGCAACACCCUGCACCAACAACUCCACCUGCAUCGAGACAGGAGGUGGGGGCUAUGUCUGCUUAUGUGCCCCAGGGUUUACUGGGAAAAACUGCCAUCUCAGGAAAGGACCCUGUAUCAUAAAUGGCUCUCCCUGUCAGAAUGGUGGCGCCUGCGUGGACAGCAACGGCUCGGCCCCCCAUGCCUCCUGCCUGUGCCCCAGCCGCUUCACCGGCCGUUUCUGUGAGAUCGACGCCGACGACUGUGACCCCAACCCGUGCGCCCACGGUGGCGCAUGCACCGACGUCGGCCGGGACUUCCGCUGCCGUUGCCCCGCCGGCUUCACGGGCAAGUCCUGUGGCCACAGGCUCCCGGCCUGCCUGGACUCCACAGGUGGGGCCAGCCUCUCCGGCCCGACAUGCUCCCACUCUGGCCAGAACUCCACCGGACUAGGUGGGAGUCCAGAGCAUAAGGAGGGGCCCAGAGACCCUCCAGCCCCAGAAGUGCCCCACAGGGUGGCCGGUCGCCACCAGGAGCGCCACGUUCUGAAGAUCACCGUAAAGGAGGUGAUCCGACACACAGACCCGUGGCUCAGCCACAGCCAGGUGACCUGCCUCAUCGUCCUCAGUUUACUGACCUGCCUGGUGGUGCUGGGGACUACGGCCAUCGUCUUUUACUCCAAGUGUGAGAUGUGGCUUGCCAAUGCCAAGUACAGCCGCCUCUUGCACAAGAAGAAGCACUGCCUGAUGACUGCGAACAAUGGCGAGAAUCUCUCGGUCAACAUCAUAUUCCCGGAAAAGGUCAAAUUGACUAGCUACAGCACAUGCUCCGCUGCCAUGUGAUGACCCCCAGUCCCGGCCGCGGUCCGUGCCAAGAAGAGCGUCUCCAGGAGCUUGCAGUGGCUUCUUCUCCCAUCUGUGGUUUCCCGACUGUGUUUUUGUGCCGAGGGAUGGUAGUCAUCUCACGUUUGUUUCUGCUCCCGACACAAAAGGUCAAAGAACCAGUCCGAGUAGAGUGUGAAAGUGAUGAAUUUGAUUUUUGGAAAGGCAGCUAUCUUUUGUAAAAUAAAUGUUCCCACCAAAGCUUGUUUUAUCAUUCCUGCUUCGAUAGCACUUGUAAAGUAGAUGUGGAGUCCCGUUUUAAUAAACUCUGUCUAAGGGC